AUAUUCUUCUUCCUCUUUCUCUUCUCUCUCUAUUUUCUUCUCGCCGGAGAUUCAAUCGGAAAAUUAACAAACCGUUUAUGGAUUGCCGGAGAUUCCUUUCAUCCGCCGUCUCCGCCGCCGUUAACAACCGAUCUCCGAUCUCUUUAUUCACUCCUUGGAUACGAUAUCUCCGGUUCAAUUUUUCCUGAUUUUUUCGUAUUCCUAAGAAGUUUAAACUCUUUCAGUAAAGCUAUCAUUUUUUCCCAAAACCCGGAGCCGGAAUUUAAGCUUGAAUUAAGGAGAAGUGGUGGUGUGGCGCUUAAAAUAAUUUAAGUGCUUUCUAUCUCAACUUAAAGAUGGCUGCUUCUACUGAGUGUGACAAGCCCUCUACAUAAGAAAAUGUCUGGGAGGAAGGCUAAGACUUCUGAGGUGUGUCAAAAGCUCAAGGAAAUCCAUCCAUGGGCUGAUGACACCUUGAUUGUGGAUGUCAUGGCUGGCGUAAAUGAUUUCAGUACGGCCUUAACAUUGUUGGAAGCAAUGGUGUCUCCCGAUAAUGGAUUUGAUAUUGACAAACCCUUGUCUGGUUGGGCUGCAUUUGACCUUAAUGAGAGACUGAAGCAACAAGAUAUUGAGCCAGAGCCUGAAAGAGAAACCUUCCCUCACUUAUCCGUUCCUGCCACUUCAUUAAGUGAUCCAUCUCAAAGCAUUGGAGCAAUGCUAGAGAAGCCUUUUUCAUCCGUGCUGGUACCAUCUGUAAGUUUUCCAUCUUUACUGGCUAAGAAAGGGUCUGAUGCAAAUCUUAUACAAGUUGGCAAUUCUCGUCUCAGCCAGAGUGAUGGUUUUAUCAAAGAAAGAGAUUUUCAUGAGUUGUGUCAAAAGCUCAAGGAAAUCCAUCCAUGGGCUGAUGACACCUUGAUUGUGGAUGUCAUGGCUGGCGUAAAUGAUUUCAGUACGGCCUUAACAUUGUUGGAAGCAAUGGUGUCUCCUGAUAAUGGAUUUGAUAUUGACAAAUCCUUGACUGGUUGGGCUGGAUUUGACCUUAAUGAGAGACUGAAGCAACAAGAUAUUGAGCCAGAGCCUGAAAGAGAAACCUUCCCUCACUUAUCCAUUCCUGCCACUUCAUUAAGUGAUCCAUCUCAAAGCAUUGGAGCAAUGCUGGAGAAGCCUUUUCUAUCCAUGCUGGUACCAUCUGUAAGUUCUCCAUCUUUAAUGGCUAAUAAAGGGUCUGAUGCAAAUCUUAUACAAGUUGGCAAUUCUCGUCUCAGCCAGAGUGAUGGUUUUAUCAAAGAAAGAGAUAUUCAUGAGGUGUGUCAAAAGCUUAAGGAAAUCCAUCCAUGGGCUGAUGACACCUUGAUUGUGGAUGUCAUGGCUGAUGUAAAUGAUUUCAGUACGGCCUUAACAUUGUUGGAAGCAAUGGUAUCUCCUGAUAAUGGAUUUGAUAUUGACAAAUCCUUGACUGGUUGGGCUGCGUUUGACCUUAAUGAGAGACUGAAGCAACAAGAUAUUGAGCCAGAGCCUGAAAGAGAAACCUUCCCUCACUUAUCCGUUCCUGCCACUUCAUUAAGUGAUCCAUCUCAAAGCAUUGGAGCAAUGCUGGAGAAGCCUUUUCCAUCCAUGCUGGUACCAUCUGUAAGUUCUCCAUCUUUAAUGGCUAAUAAAGGGUCUGAUGCAAAUCUUAUACAAGUUGGCAAUUCUCGUCUCAGCCAGAGUGAUGGUUUUAUCAAAGAAAGAGAUUUUCAUGAGGUGUGUCAAAAGCUUAAGGAAAUCCAUCCAUGGGCUGAUGACACCUUGAUUGUGGAUGUCAUGGCUGAUGUAAAUGAUUUCAGUACGGCCUUAACAUUGUUGGAAGCAAUGGUAUCUCCUGAUAAUGGAUUUGAUAUUGACAAAUCCUUGACUGGUUGGGCUGCGUUUGACCUUAAUGAGAGACUGAAGCAACAAGAUAUUGAGCCAGAGCCUGAAAGAGAAACCUUCCCUCACUUAUCCGUUCCUGCCACUUCAUUAAGUGAUCCAUCUCAAAGCAUUGGAGCAAUGCUGGAGAAGCCUUUUCCAUCCAUGCUGGUACCAUCUGUAAGUUCUCCAUCUUUAAUGGCUAAUAAAGGGUCUGAUGCAAAUCUUAUACAAGUUGGCAAUUCUCGUCUCAGCCAGAGUGAUGGUUUUAUCAAAGAAAGAGAUAUUCAUGAGGUGUGUCAAAAACUUAAGGAAAUCCAUCCAUGGGCUGAUGACACCUUGAUUGUGGAUGUCAUGGCUGAUGUAAAUGAUUUCAGUACGGCCUUAACAUUGUUGGAAGCAAUGGUAUCUCCUGAUAAUGGAUUUGAUAUUGACAAAUCCUUGACUCCAAAAGAAGCAGAUACUCCCUCCAUGCAAAAGCUUAGAGAAGUAGACACAGAUACUGAAGGAGUGAAGUCUAGUAAUAAGGAUUCUUUUACGACCACCAGUAAAUUUGCUGCUACAGACAGCAUGAAUCUAGACGAAUUGAGCAAUGCACUUGCUAAGUGUCUUCAGAGCAACAGUCGAGAACUAAUAAGCAACUGUGUUUCUCAUGAGAACAAACUUCAUUUUGAUGGAGCAGUGGGGAGUAUGAUGUUUGUACCGGUUGAGCCUGAGUGGGAAGAGGAUGAUAUUUACUCGAUCCAUCGGAAGGACGCCAUGAAGAUGACAAGGUCAGCAGCUCAACAUUCUAAGGCUGCCAGUGAGGCCUAUCGCAGAGGUGACCACGUAUCUGCCCAACAUUUUUCUCUGAAAGCCAAAGAAGAGCGGGUUGUUGCUAACAGGUUAAAUUCCGAGGCAGCAAAGAAAAUUUUGAUUGCCCGCAACUGUAAGAAUGAUCAAUGGACAUUGGACUUGCAUGGUCUUCAUGCAACAGAGGCAGUUCAAGCCGUACAAGAACAUUUGCAAAAGAUCGAAUCUCAGAUGACACAGAAUGGUGCUACCCAUGUGAAUCAAGUGAACUUAUUCGAGUCUGCAGGCCGUAUUGAUGUGAACUUAUUCGAGUCUGCAGGCCGUAUUGAUGUGGAGAAUGAGAAUAAAGUGUCCCUAUUGAAUAAGCAGCGACCAGCUUUCUUGGAGGUCAUUACAGGUAGAGGUAUUCAUAGCCGGGGACAACCUGCCCUUCCAACGUUUAUAAGAAGCUUUCUCAUAGAGAACGGAUAUCGUUAUGAGGAGAGAAGGCCUGGGGUGAUCACAGUUAGACCCAAGUUCCGACCACGAUAAAUACAUUUAUAUGAUAUAUUAUCUAUUCUAUUAACUUUAUUGAGAGAUCUUGAGUCUUG